CUUACUUUACCGCGAAAUCUAGCUUUACUAGGUCUCAUGAACAUAGCCGUUAAUUCCUACUGUUCAUACCUAAGACAAAAUUUCAAACAUGUAUCAUCAAUCAUCUUAACAAGACAUUACUCUAUGUUUUCUUCUGACCAAAAGCUAAUUUCUCAGUUACAAUCAUGUAAGCAAAUCUCUGAAAUCAAACAAUUUCAUGCCUUAAUGGUCAAAACUGGUCAAGAUCAAAUUCCUUUUUCGCUUAGCAAACUUCUUGCAUGUUCAAUCCAAUACACAGACUAUGCAUCUUCAAUGUUUAAAUGCAUACAAAGCCCAAAUCUUUAUAUGUAUAAUACCAUGCUUCGUAGUUAUUCAAUAAGUGAUGACCCUCAAAAGGGUCUUUUGUUUUUCAACAACAUGAGGGCACAAAGUGUAAUUCUUGAUCAAUUUGCUUUUGUUUCUGGACUUAGAUCUUGUACACGUUUAUUGGCGAAAUGGACUGGUGAAGCUAUUCAUUCAGUUGUUCUGAGAUCUGGCUUUGAUUUGCUUCUUGAUUUGAGGAACACCCUUUUGAAUUUUUAUUGUGUCUCUGGGAGAAUCCGUUGUGCCCACCAACUGUUUGAUGAAUUUUCAGAUAGAGAUUUGGUGAGUUGGAACACUUUGAUGGGUGGUUAUCUUUGUGUACAUAAUUAUCCUGCUGUUUUGGAAUUAUUUAUAGAAUUGCACAGGGAUGGUGUUUCCGCUAGUGCCACGACGAUGUUGUGUGUUUUGUCUGCGAUUGGUGAGUUAAAGAUUGCUUUGGUAGGGGAAUCCAUGCAUGGGUUCUGCAUAAAGAAUGGAUUUUGCUAUAGUGUGAAGGUGCUAACUGCCUUGAUUUCUCUGUAUGGGAAGAUGGGUUGCAUUAGCUCGGGCCGUAGUCUAUUUGAUGAAGCUUAUCCGAAAGAUGUUGUCUUGUGGAACUGUUUGAUAGAUGGAUAUGCUAAAAAUGGCCUGCUAGAAGAGGCAUUGUCUCUAUUGAGGCAAAUGAAGGUUCAAAGAUUGAAGCCAAAUUCAUCAACCUUGGCAGGUUUGCUUUCUGCUAGUGCUUCCUCCGGGGCUUUCAAUAUGGGUCAUUAUAUUCAGAACUUCACAGAAGAUCAGCAAUUAGCUAUGGAUCCAGUUCUUGGGACAGCAUUGAUAGAUAUGUAUGCUAAAAGUGGCUUGCUUGUUAAGGCAGUUAAUGUUUUUGACAAUAUGGAGACCAAAGAUGUAAAGUGUUGGACAUCAAUGAUAAUGGGUUACGGGGUACAUGGCGAGGCAAAGGAUGCUGUUGCACUCUUCCAUAGAAUGGAGGAUGAAGGGUUUAGGCCUAAUGAAGUGACUUUCUUGGCCGUAUUCAAUGCUUGUAGCCAUGGAGGACUGGUGGCAGAGGGCAUCAGCUGUUUUAGAAAAAUGGUGCUGGAAUAUGGCUUGACUCCUAAAAUUGAGCAUUAUGGAUGUUUGAUUGAUAUCUUAGGCCGUGCUGGAUUGCUUGAGACAGCACGAGAACUGAUAAAAGGUUUACCCAUUGAGGGGGAUGCUACUGCAUGGCGUGCGUUACUAGCAGCAUGCAGAGUCCAUGCUAGUGUUGAGCUGGGAGAACAAGUGAAGAAAGAACUAGAACAGAGAUUCGGCAAACAUCCAGCUGAUUCACUACUUUUGAGCAGUACUUACGCCAUCGCUGGGAUAAUGCCCGAGCACAGAGAUAUAACAGAGGUGGAGGAACGUAAAUUAGAAAAAGAAGUCGAAUGUUCUCUCCCUGGGAAGAAGGAAGCUGGAUGUAGUGCAAUUGAAUUAUGUGAAAAUGGCCAGGUUUUUCUUAACCAAGCUGAAGUACCGUAGUUCAUAAAGGGCCCUGCCUUUGUCUGCCACAACAAAGUUUUGAUUUUCAGUUUAAAAGUUGCUUCUCAUUCUUUCAGACAGAGGAGUGCUUUGGCAAGUGGGCUAUCAAUUAUUCUUUGUACUAAUUUGGAAUAACUACGACAGGAAAUCCAUUCAUUCAGCAUAAAGAUAUAAGAUGAAUCUGCACAAACAGCAGGCACGACACCAAAAGAAGUCAUCUUUUUUUGUUUAAGAUGGUGGUUUGCAGACUAACUUAAACGUAUUUCAACUAAUCCACCAGAUAUUCUGUUAUUGCCUACAAUCGACAGUGCAGGGUAGUAACAGCAAGAUAGCUGCCUAUGAACACAAGUGCGGGGUAAUAACAGGCAGAGAGCUCACAUACAACUCUCAAAUCAAUGUCAUCAGCGUCAAUUUGUGAUCCUGGCUAUUCACAUACAACGCUUAUAUGUUCAUGAAGUAAGAGUAGACUGCUCUAGGUUGACAGGAAUGACAACAAGUGGGGGAACCAUUCCCUGAAUGCCAGUUUGAAAAUUUUCACCACCUGCAGCUGCAAGUGGUAUCUGGUGUGUCAACAAAUCUGUUAUGUGUGUCUUUAAACGCUAAUGUAAAUUAGUAACAUGUAGUCAUAGACAA